UGAAAAUUUGCGGGAACCUAUUUUUGCAAAAAGCGCUAAGUCUUUAAGUGAAAUGAGGAAGCGGGUACUAAAACUCAAAACUUUCACACUUAGAAAAAAAAUUGCGCCCGACCCCAAAACUGAAACAGAAAACCCUAGCGAGACUCCUUCAUUCUAAACUCACCGCAAACUGGAUCUCCUCCCAAACUCAACCUCCAUUCUGGACCCUAAUCUUACUCGAACUCGAUCGCCGCCAUUCUAGAGCUCCUCGGCUGCUUCGGCAUCGACUCCGUCCAGUCCGUCAUCUUACGCGCCUCCCACUACGACGGUGACGACGUCCUCAUCAACUCCAGCUGCUGCCCUCCCCCUGCCAAACCCAAAUUCGAUUUCUUCUGCUUGAGGGAUUCGAGUUGAUUUUGAUUCCUCCAAAACCCUUUUCAACUCUUCACAGUUCGCCCUCCAAAGCGUUUUGUCCGAGCUCGUUGAAGGACAAGGUGUAUAGGGUCUUCUGCAAGGAAAAGCGAAAGCUCGCCUGUAGAAAGGGGGAUGUACCACGUGUUGAUGGGCAGUUGGCUGUAGCACGGGCAUUCGGUGACAAGAGCUUGAAGAAACAUUUAAGUUCUCAACCUUUUGUGAUGUCGGAGACGAUAGAUGAUGAGACACAGUUUGCUGUCUUAGCAAGUGAUGGACUGUGGAAGGUUGGUUAAUUUGAACUGAAGUCAAUCAUUACAAACACACACACUGCAAAGGAACACAACUGGAAUCACAAUUGGAAUUGGCUGUGAGUCGUGAGUCGCAAUUGGAAUCUUUGUUUCUCAGCCGUGAGUCGCAAUUGGAAUCACAACUCCAUCCUCUGGACUUUCCAUUUAUGGACAAGAGGCUUCUCUUUCUUCAAUGCAUUCUUCAGGACUUGGCCGUCCUGGUGCUCCUAUUGUUACUCAGGGAGAUUACCCAAACAAUGCAAAUCCUCUUUGUCUUAUGUCGAGGACAUCAUUGGGGUAUUUUUCUGUUCUAUGUUAACAGUAUUUUCUCUGCUGCAUUCUAUAAUCAGCUUAUGCAAACAGAGCAAAUUCUUCUGUCUUAUGCUGAGGACAUUAUUGGGGUUGAAGGAAGGAGUAUUGAAUUUAUUCGUCGUAGUAGUGGAGCCUUGUUAACUGUACAAGAGAGCAGGGGACUACCUGAUGAAACUACAGUGGAAAUAAAAGGCACCUCAUCACAGGUUCAGGCGGCUCAACAACUGAUUCAGGAAGUUCUAGCAACCAGCAACAAGGAUCAAAUUUCAAGCAGCUAUGGCAGGAUGGAUACCGGAUUGAGCUCAUCCUACUCUCAGUUAGAUUCUAUAUCUUACCCUUCCUCUUCAGUAUCCUCGCUACCUUAAUUGGAGGGGUGAGGCAUCAUGCAUCUUAAUUGGAGUGGAAAUUUUCAGUAUUUUCUGUGCAGAUUUAGAAUGUUUGAGUAUUAUCGAGACUAUCUUUGCAAAAUAUUGAUUUGAAUGUUGAUGUGCAUUUGCGUUUGCAUUUGGUUCUCUUGGGUUUUGUGCUGAUUAGCUUGGUAGAAAUGCCAGAGCGUAGCAAGAAAAAGUUGAUGGCUUUGACCACUAAUGUGAUGAGAGAUGAUAGUGAUAAGGGCCUUGGAUUACAAGUUGUCAAAUAUUUGGCUGCCAAAUAUGAAGAGCUAGGGUGUGAAGUGAAAUGGAUGGGCAAGCCUGAUAAGGUGAUCUAGUCACAUUGGUCUGGUUACCGCUGUUAACUUCACUUCAUGUGAACCUUUAGCUUAAUACAUAUUUCUCUUGCACUUGACUACCAAGAUGAAUUUUGAGCGAGGCUAGUUUUUGCUUUGAGGCAAAGUUUGGUGUUGAAAUUUUGUAGAUUGUUGCUCAUAUGUUUCUAGGCUAGCCUUUGUAGGUUUUGGGGUUUUCUUUUGUGACAUAUGUUCAAUCAUGAAUUUGGAAAGAAAAUUAAUGGAAAUCCCCAAUUUUUGGAUGAUUA